GACUACAGCUGCAGCCUCCCCCACAACCAAAACGCCGGCCGCGCCAUCCUCAACAACCCCACCCCACCCCCCGCAUUCUUCCACUUCCCCAUCGGCUACAGCGGCCGGGCCAGCACCAUCUUUGUCUCCGGAACCCCAGUCACUCGUCCCGUGGGACACUUCUACGACCGAACGUCCCCAUCCAAGGAAGUCAUCUUCGCUCCAACCCGCGCCCUGGACUAUGAACUCGAGCUAGGCGUUAUCAUUGGUCGUCCGUUGUCUCCGGGGCAGGGCCUGCAUGCCGCAGAUGCCGAGGAGCAUAUUUUUGGGUUGGUGGUGGUUAAUGAUUGGAGUGCCCGCGACAUUCAAGGUCUAGAAAUGAUCCCUCUCGGCCCGCUCAAUGGAAAGAACUUCGCCACUAGUAUCUCGCCCUGGAUUGUGACGCUGGACGCCCUGGAGCCAUUUAAGACGGAGGGUCCGGAGCCGCGGGUUCCGUUACCGAGUCAUUUGGUGGAUCCCGGGAAGGCGAGUUAUGAUAUUAGUGUUUUGGUGGAGGUGGAGGAGGGAGGAGAGGAAGAAAAAGGGAGGAAGAGGACGGUUUUGGGACGGUCGAAUGCGAGGGAGUUAUUCUGGAGUGUAAGGCAGAUGUGUGCGCAUUUGGCGAGUACGGGGUGUGAUUUGUGGACGGGGGAUGUGUUGGGGACGGGGACGGUGAGUGGGGAAAAGGAGGGGGAGUAUGGGUGUUUGUUGGAGGUGACGAAGGGGGGGAAGGUGGCGGCGAAGUUGGAGGGGGGUGGGGAGAGGGUGUAUUUGGAGGAUGGGGAUGUGGUGACGUUGUCGGCUUGGGCGGGGGAGGGGGUAGGGUUUGGGGAGUGUGUGGGAGAGGUGAGGCCGGCGAGGAAGAUAUGA